AUGCAUGCAAUAAAACCACAAAAAAGAAACCACAGGCAAAGAGCGCAUUCAAACCCGUUCUCAGACCAUAAUAUUUCAUAUCCCAUGAACCCACAGUUCUUCAAUAAAAAAGUCGACAUGGUGGACAUAGGAUGUGGCUACGGUGGACUUCUCUUCAAACUCUCAGAAAUGUUCAAAGAAGCAUCAAUCCUGGGCAUGGAAAUUCGCCAAAAAUUAGUGGAUUACGUGGACUUAAAGAUAAAAUACGAGCAGGCCUCAGGGUCAGCCCAAAAUAUCUCAGUAGUACGAGCAAAUUCCAUGAAAUUCCUGACAAAUUACCUAGAGAAAGAGUCGAUCCAGAAGAUGUUCAUUUUGUUCCCAGACCCGCACUUCAAGAAAAAGAAGCACAAAGCAAGAAUUAUUUCUAAAUCUAUGCUGGAUAUAUACCAAUACGUAAUAGAACCAAAUGGCUUACUAUACAUAUCCACAGACGUAGAAGAACUCUUCCAGUACAUGACAGCCUGCCUGGAAGAACACCCUUUAUUCUUGCGCCUUCCAGAAGAAGAGGCAGAAAAAGACCCUUUGUAUCAUGUAAUAAUUGAGACAACAGAAGAGUCAAAAAAGGCAGACAUGAAGCACUCAAACAAAUACAGGGCAAUAUUCAGGAGAAAUCCAUAA